CGUUCGUUCGUUCGUUCGCAGCAGCGGCCACGCAGCUGAGCCGAGCCCAGCCGAACCGAGCCGAGCGAGCAUCGCCCGCUAGCGCCCUGGGCGCCCGCCCUCUCCUCCCCUCCAGCGCCCCACGCACGAACCCCCGAUCCACCCACGACCAUGCCCCGUACCCCACCCGCUCCCACGACCCCCCAGACUCGUGCAAUCCCGCGCGUCUGCAGCUGUCGCGCCGUGCGGCACAUGCAGUAAGGGCUGAGCAUUUGUGACGUGACUGAGGCGAGGACGCUCUCUAUGGACAUGGAGUCCAGGAUGUGGCCUGUGCUCCUGCUCUCCCGUCUGCUCCCCCUCUGGCCGCUCUUGCUCUUACCCCUUCCCCUGCCCACUCUUGGCUCUUCCUCCUCCCCACGCACCCCCCCAACCCCGGCCCGACCCCCCUGUGCCCGAGGAGGCCCCUCGGCCCCACGCCACGUGUGCGUGUGGGAGCGGGCUCCCCCACCCAGCCGCUCCCCUCGGGUCCCCAGAUCGCGGAGGCAGAGUCUGCCAGGCACCGCACCCCCUGCCACCCCUUCGGGCUUUGAGGAAGGGCCGCCCUCCUCCCAGUACCCCUGGGCCAUCGUCUGGGGCCCUACUGUGUCCCGAGAUGAUGGUGGAGACCCCAACUCUGCGAAUCCUGGUUUUCUGCCCCACGACUAUGGCUUUGCGGCCCCACACGGGCUGGCCACUCCGCACCCCAACUCCGACUCCAUGCGAGGUGACGGUGAUGGGCUCAUCCUCGGAGAGGCACCUGCCACACUGAGGCCCUUUCUGUUCGGGGUCCCUGGGGAAGGUGUGGACCCCCAGCUGUAUGUCACUAUUACCAUCUCCAUCAUCAUCGUACUGGUAGCCACUGGCAUUAUCUUCAAGUUCUGCUGGGACCGCAGUCAGAAGCGGCGCAGGCCCUCAGGACAGCAGGGAGCCCUGAGGCAGGAGGAGAGCCAGCAGCCGCUCACAGACCUGUCCCCCGCGGGGGUCACUGUGCUGGGGGCCUUUGGGGACUCACCCACCCCUACCCCUGACCACGAGGAGCCCCGAGGUGGAUCCCGGCCUGGGCUACCGCAGCCCAAGGGGGCGCCAGCCUUCCAGUUGAACCGGAUUCCCCUGGUGAACCUGUGACACCCCUCUCAAAGUUGGGGUGCUGCCAAGCAGGAGGCCAAAGGGGGGCAGCACAGCCACCUGUCCCACAGAGGGUGGAGCAGCUGUGGGAGCAGGGAUGACUGAUCAUCCUGUGUCUCCCCACACCCACUGGCCACCCUGGCCAUCUUAUCCCUCCCCUUCUGGCAGCCUCACCUCUGUGGCUCUGCCCCCCCCCUGCACAUUCAAGCCUUGCACACUCCAGGCCAUCGCACCCCUCUGGCCAUGACCUGAGGUCGCCUGCAUCCUGUCCACAGCACAUCCCACGGGGGUAGGGGUCCCCAGGGCCGCCAUCCUUCCCCUUUGUCCUGGUGUCACGUGUCGUGCUCAUGUGGCUCAUGAACACCCCCUCAUCCAGCUUCCGUGGCCCCUGCAUGCGGCUCCCAGAGGUGGGUGGGAGGCGAGCUGGGGGGGGGUCUUCCAGUUCCCCCAUCAUUGGCCCAUCCCCUGGCCUGUUUCCUGUCUCCCCCCACCACAUCCCAUUUCAGGGGCGCUGUCAUUACCCUGAGGGCUCCCCUGUGGGAAUGGAGGGUAGUGAGGCCCCAAAGCCCCACCUCCCUCCCCCUACUACUGGUGUUGGG